AUGUUUCAUUUUCUGACAAGGAAAAUUCGGCAAGCAAUUGGCCUGCAACCGUACAGGCCCCUGUACUACCUGCUGUACGGCCAGGAGUCAGAGGACGAGGCCUGGCUGAAGCCCGUCCGCUAUCUGGGCAGAUUCGUGGUGGGCCUGGUCCUGGCCUAUCUGCUGUGGGCCCUGGUGGCCCUGAACUUCAACCUGAACCGCUGGUUCGCCCACAUCCCGAUGCGCUUCUCGGUGUUCGAGGUGUUCAUGCUGCUCAAUGGGGUGGCCUUCACGCUGCUGCGCAGCGUCCGGGCCGUAACAAUGCUGAUAUUUGUGGGGCUGGUGGGUAAGUCGGGACGCACCUACCUGCGGGCCAUCGCCUUCGCGUUCGUGAUUGCCGGCCCGAUCGACAACCUGGCCCUGAACGCGGCCGAGGUGGCCCGCGUGUUCGCCUGCACCACGGUGCUCACCUACAACCUCACCAAGACGCGGUUCGAUCUGAUGGCCAGGCCCUUCACGAACACGCUGCAGCACAUGCGGGGCGACAUGGCGGAGGUGCGGAACGCUUUCCAGGAGCUGGAGGACGUCCUGAUCGACCUCAAGUAUGCCGUCGAGGAGUCGCCCGACGAGGAAGAGUCCGGCCAGUCCGGACAGUCCGACCAGUCGGAGCUGCCGACGGCCGAGGCGACGCGGGAGAACUUCCUGCACAACAUGAGGAUCCGCUGCGAGCAGCAGCUAAGCAGCGGCAUCCGCGUCUGCGAGGAGGUCUUCCGCGAGGGCUACGACAAGUGCAGCACAAACUUUCCGGACUUCAUGGCCCCGGCCAUCUGCUGGCCCUACCGCGUGGACAUCGUCUGUCGGCUGAACGUGUUCGGCAGCCCGGAAAAGGUAUGCGAUGCCUCGGAGGUGGUGCCGCCGGCCUUCGGCCAGACGUACGUGGAUCUGCUGAGGACCGAGCGGGAGCUGUUCGAGGGCAGCUCCGAGAUCGAGAUCACCUACGAGCUGAGGAACGAGACGGCCACCGGGCAGCUGCUGACGGCCCAGCAGACGUCGGAGGCCUUCCUGAGGGACUUCAACCACCGGCGGCGCAUCUUCGCGGCCACCAUGCUGGUGCUCGAGAAGUUCCUCUGCCUGUUCAUCCUGCGCGUGAUCUACGCCUCCGUCCGGUACUACUGCCAGUACCGGGCCAACGUGGAGUUCGACAACUUCUACAUCACGGACUACUUCCGGCACGUGGACGCCGGCCGCAAGGAGAAGGGCAAGCGCUCGAUCCUGCCGCUGCACAGGCACGAGCGGACCAACUACGUGGACGUGGCCCACAUCUGCAGCCGCACCGCCGAGGAGUCACGCACGGUGAUCUACCACCUGCUGCAGCUCUCGCUGGAGCUGAUCACCGCCGGCCUGUUCCUCCUGCUCGACCACAUGGUCGUCAGCCUGAUGCAGAUCAUACGCCAGCGGUCGCUGGUCACCUACCAGCAGGAGGGCGAGCACGAGAUCCGGUUCCACAUAAACGGAACCGGGCUGAUGGCCCGUCUGCUGCGCAUCACCAUGCGGAACUUUAACAUGCACGAGCGCGUCUCGACGACGCUGAGCAACGAGGAGUGCCUGCCCCAGGCGCACGUCCUGCCGCCCGGCUUCUACUACCGGCUGCUCCUCCUCUACCUGGGCAUCGUGCUGCUGAUCUACCAGAGCACCACCUUCCUGCGUCUGCGCCGGGUGAUCUGCAGCUACUUCUACCACAAGCGCGAGAAGCAGCGCAUCCUCUACCUCUACAACGCCAUGCUGCGGGAUCGCCUCACCGUCUUCGCCAGCCUGCGGCGCAAUGCCACAAUGAAUCUGGCCACGCGCCGUGUCCACGACAAUCUCAAUGUCCUGCUGCGGCUGCGGCUGCGCUGGCCGGGCCUCUGCGGCUGCCUGCAGCAUCUCAGCUGGGCCAAGAGGCGCUGCCUCAUCUGCGACGCCCUCGAGGAUGGGGACUUUGAGCUCUGCGCCGGCUGCGGCCUGCCCUACUGUCGCGAGUGCCGGCUGGUCCUCAAGAACGUCUGCAUCCAGUGCGGCCUGUACAUCAGCCUAACGCCCCCGCCGUCGGGGACCUGGUCGAAUGACAGCAGCGUGGUGCUCUACGACUUCCGGAAGGACGAAUAG